UCUCUUUCACCCAGGAAAAGCAUGAAGUUGCUCAUUCUGGUCGCUGUGUUUGGGCUCAGCCUCGCCCAGCACAACCCCCACUUCAAAUAUGAAAGGACGACCAUUGUCCAGCUCUUUGAGUGGCGCUGGGCCGACAUCGCUGCAGAGUGUGAACGCUUCUUGGGUCCCAAGGGUUUUGGAGGUGUUCAGAUCUCUCCUCCAAGUGAGCACAUUGUGCUGAACGACCCCUGGAGACCCUGGUGGCAGAGAUACCAACCAAUCGGUCACAAGUUGUGCUCUAGAUCUGGCAGUGAGAAUGAGCUGAAGGACAUGAUCUCUAGAUGCCACAAAGUUGGGGUCAACAUCUAUGUGGAUGCUGUCAUCAACCAUAUGUGCGGAGCUGGUGGUGGAGAGGGAACCCACUCCUCAUGUGGCAGCUGGUUCAGUGCCAGCAAGGAAGACUUUCCCAGUGUCCCCUAUUCCUACUUGGACUUCAACGACAACAAAUGCAAGACUUCCAAUGGCGAGAUUCAGGACUAUAAUGACAAAUAUCAGGUGCGUGACUGUCGUCUGGUUAGUCUGUUGGACCUCGCCUUGGAGAAAGAUUAUGUUAGGGGCAAGGCGGCUGACUACUUGAACAGCCUGAUUGACUUGGGUGUGGCUGGUUUCAGAGUUGAUACCACCAAGCACAUGUGGCCUGGUGACUUGGAGGUUGUCUACGGGCGUCUACACAACCUCAACACCAAAUGGUUUCCCAGUGGCUCCAAGCCCUUCAUCUACCAGGAGGUUAUUGAUCUGGGAGGUGGUGCCAUCUCGCCUAGUGAGUAUUUCCAUUUGGGAAGAGUGACUGAGUUCAAAUAUGGUGACAAACUGGGAGUUAUCUUCAGAAAAUGGAACAAUGAGAAGCUGUGCUACACCAAGAGCUGGGGAGAGGGAUGGGGCUUCAUGUCCACCGGAAAUGCCGUGGUGUUUAUUGACAACCAUGACAAUCAGAGAAAUCAUCCAAACAUUGUUUCCUUCUGGGACCCCAGACUCCACAAGAUGGCUGUUGGCUACAUGCUGGCUCACCCUUAUGGAGUAACCAGGGUUAUGUCUAGCUUCCGCUGGAACCGCAACUUCGUGAAUGGAAGAGAUCAGAAUGACUGGGUGGGCCCUCCCAGCUAUAGUGAUGGAUCCACCAAGCCUGUUACAGUCAACUCUGAUCAGACAUGUGGAAAUGGCUGGGUGUGUGAGCACAGAUGGCGUCAGAUCACGAACAUGGUCAUUUUCCGUAAUGUGGUCAAUGGACAGCCUCAUUCCAACUGGUGGGACAACGGAAGCAACCAGGUUGCCUUUGGACGUGGUAAUCGUGGUUUCAUCGUCUUUAACAAUGAUGAUUGGAACCUGGAUGUGACCCUGAACACUGGCAUGCCUGGUGGUACCUACUGUGAUGUCAUUUCUGGUCAGAAGGAAGGAAGCAGGUGCACUGGGAAGCAGAUCCAAGUUGGUGGUGAUGGCCGAGCCCACUUCAAGAUCAGCAACACAGAUGAAGACCCCUUUGUUGCCAUCCAUGCUGAAUCCAAGCUGUGAACACAUUGUUAAAGCUAGAAUAAAUCCUAAUUUUUAACAUGAA